AUGAGAAUCGAUUACUUAUGUGAUUGUAAAACGGAGCUUAAAUCUCGCAAUUGCUUGGGUGGUAAUGGUGGUGGAGGCCAUCAAUCUCCUAACAAAUUUAAAAUCAAAAACUAA